CUCUCUUCUCGCGUGCUCCCAAACCCUAGCCGCACCAAGACCCCGCCCCGCGCGACCGACCCAGCGGACGAACCCAUGGCCGCGGAGAACUACUGGAGGUACGCCGACGCGCGGCAGCAGCAGCAGGCCAUGGUGGCCGCCGCGGCGGCCGCGGCGGGGAUGGCGCCGGCUGCUACCGUGGCGCAGGCAACCGCCGCCGCCGCGGGCAUGCACCAGCACCAGCACCAGCACCAGCAGUCCGCCUUGGCGCAGCAGCAGCAGCAGCAACAGUCCGCCGCGCCCUCGCUCAAGCGCGCGCGCCCCGACUACGGCGAUGGACCUGGAGGACAAGAGAUGGCUGGAUAUUAUCCACGUGAAAAUGCGGGCUAUCUACUUAGAGACAAUGAAGCAAUUGGAGCAUCUUAUGACCGCUACUUACGCAAUGGGAUGUCUUCUGUCACCGCCAAUGAACCCAGUAGAGCAGCUGUUGGUGGGUUGGGUGGCGGUGCCAUGGUUGGUGGUGGAAUGGGUGGAUUUCCUGUUGAUGAUCGCCGUAUGAUGGGUGCCAUUGGUAUGGACAGAGGCAUGGGGUUCGGUGGUGCCAGGCCUGAGCCCCCUCUCCCACCAGACGCUUCCAACACUUUAUAUAUUGAAGGCCUGCCUGCAAACUGCACUCGUCGGGAGGUUUCACAUAUAUUCCGCCCUUUUGUAGGUUUUCGUGAAGUGAGGCUUGUCAACAAGGAGUCAAGACAUCCUGGUGGAGAUCCUCACGUCCUGUGUUUUGUUGAUUUUGAUAGCCCUGCCCAAGCUACAAUUGCACUUGAAGCUUUGCAAGGUUAUAAGUUUGACGAACACGAUCGUGAAUCAGCCCACUUAAGGCUGCAAUUCUCGCGCUUUCCCGGUCCGAGGUCAGCUGGCGGGCCUCGUGGUAGGCGUUAAGUCGUGCGGGUCAGAUGGUUGCCGAACCUACCGUUUAUACGAGCGAUCAAACCUCCGUGGCGUAACGCUUUGUGCUGAAUCUCCGCCGGUGGCUUAUAGGGUUCGUCAGCUCAUGUUGCGAAAGCGCGAAAUGGACGAUGCAAUAAUCUUGAUAUCCAGUAUCCAUUAGAUUAUCGUGUCGCAUGUUAGGAUUGGAACAUCGUAUUUAUUCCCCAAUACUGUAUCUGCCGUAGUAUCUUAAUUCUCUACUGUAUUUUGUUAUCUCGCGGCGUGGCCCAGACAAUUUCAGCUUGUUUUCAAUUGAAAUGUUAACUUUAUCAA